AUGGCUAGAUGGGAUGAGAUUUUGACACUUCCAGUGCAGAAUCCACCAACCUUGGAGUUUUCUGCUGCUGAUAUUGUAUGGUCCAGGGUGGAAGGCUGGAGAGAGCAGAUGGAUAGGCUUGCACUCAUUCCCUUCUCCCGCGUAAAUGAUUUUGUAAGAGGUGAAUCUAAUAAUAAAGAGUGCCCCACUAGAUUCCAUGUUGAAGCAAGGAGAAGGCGUCCUCCUGAGAUGGCUUACAAACCAAAGGUGGAUGGGAUUCUUGAAUAUAUUUUGUAUUGGUGUUCCUUUGGUCCAGAUGAUCAUAGGAAGGGUGGUGUUGUUCGUCCGAGUAGGAAUUAUACUGCAAAGAGGAAGACUCCUGCUGGCCGGCCAAAUACAAAGAGAGGUUGUGUCUGCCAUUUCAUUGUAAAGCGACUUAUAGCUGAACCAUCAGUUGCACUUAUCAUAUAUAAUCAAGAUAAGCAUGUGGACAAAAAAGGGUUACCCUGCCAUGGCCCAAUGGACAAGAAGGCUGUUGGAACACGGGCAAUGUUUGCACCUUACAUUUCAGAUGAGCUUCGUCUGCAGAUUAUGUCUUUGCUCUAUGUUGGUGUUCCUGUAGAAACUAUCAUGCAGAGACACACUGAAAUGGUAGAGAAGCAGGGUGGACCAUCUAAUAGAGAUGAUCUUCUCACCCACAGGUACGUCCGGAGGUUGGAGAGGAAGAUCAGGCGUUCCAUGUAUGAGCUGGACGCUGAUGAUUCUGUGAGCAUUGGCAUGUGGAUUGAAAACCACCGGGAUCACAUUUUCUUUUAUGAGGACUUCUCUGAAACAGAUCCUUUUGUUCUGGGUAUUCAGACGGAGUGGCAGCUUCAGCAGAUGAUUCACUUUGGCAACCGGAGUCUUCUAGCAUCUGAUUCAAGGUUUGGCACAAACAAGUUAAAGUAUCCAAUAUACAGUCUCCUUGUUUUUGACUCAAAUAACAACGCAAUCCCGGUAGCUUGGAUUAUAACACCAAACUUUGCGAACGGGGACAUACAUAGAUGGAUCGGUGCUCUAUAUGAUAGAGUUCAUUCAAAAGAUCCGACAUGGCAGUUGGGUGGUUUCAUUGUUGAUGAUCCUUCAGCAGAUGUGCUUACCAUCAGGGAGGUGUUCCAAUGUUCAAUAUUGAUCAGCUUCUGGCGUGUUCAUCAUGCAUGGCGUAAAAACUUGAUGGAAAAAUGUUCAGCACCAGAGAUGCGUGCAAUGAUGUCAAGAAGGCUUGGAGAAGCAGUAUCCAGUAUUUGCAGAGGAAGUGGUGAUAUGCAUUUAUUUGAUGCUUUCCUCGAAGAUUUUGUUGAUUGUUCAGAUUUUUUAGACUACUUUAUGGCGAUAUGGUUUCCCAGAAUCGGUGUAUGGACUGCUGCCUUAAAAGCUCUUCCUCUUGCUAGCUCAGAGGUUUCUGCAGCCAUUGAGUGCUAUCAUCACCUACUGAAACUGAGGCUGUUAAACGAGAAAAAUCCAAGUGUUUACCAGCGUGCAGAUUGGCUGAUCGAUAAGUUAGGUACCAAGGUACAUUCUUAUUACUGGCUGGAUGAGUAUUCUGGGAAAGACAAUUUUUCCCGUUACUGGAAGGAUGAGUGGAAAAGUGGUUUAACAUCAUGGCGCCAGGCAUUGCAGAUUCCUGACUCAGAUGUUGUAUUAGAUGGUAAGUGCGCCAAAGUAGUUAGUCAGAAAGAUCGAGAAAAGAUGCAUACUGUAUUGAAUCCAGGUUCCGAAUUUGCUAUUUGUGACUGUGGCUGGUCAAUGAUGGGAAAUCUCUGUAAACAUGUAAUCAAGUCAACUAAGAUAUAUCGUGAUAGGGGAUUGGCUGCAUCAUCAACAAGUCUCUUUGAGUAUAACAGGACUUUGAUGAGUAUACUUAACUGCCCACCACACGAUUCUGUAAUCCGUGACCAUGCAGUUGCUUUGGCUGUUUGUGUUCAGACACAGUUAAAUGCUCUAUUUGACCAGGAAAAUAGUGUCACGACAUCAGGUCCAAGGGAGGAGCAAACAACUAAUGACCAGAGCGUAUCUGCCACUGAAAACUUUGACAAUGCUGAUAAAGAUUUGAUAAAUGGGUGCCAGUCAGUUUCUGACAACAGGGAUGAAGUUUCGGGAAAUAAUAGCCAUUCUGUUGCCAAGAAGAAUAGCACUGCAGUGGAAAGCAUCAGCAACAAUGGGCCAGAUGCUGUUAUGCAAUCUGUUGAGGUUCCAAGUAGGUUGUUACCCACUGAGCAAUUGGCCAUUGAUGAUAUUUCUGCAAGUAACUGUGCAGAGUAUGAAACAAGAAAUUUGUUAGAUAGAGCUAACACUUCAAUGGAUGCUUGCGGUGACUAUGACGCUAUCCAUGUAGCAAAUACUGAUCAAGUCGGUGAUGGUGCUCUCCAGAACUCCAUUGCUGAAAAAAUGAUGGAUAUUGAUCCACACCUUCAGGUCUUCCCAACAGCAUCAGGUUCUGGAGUUUUGAAUGGUCUUGCAAAGGAAGAGAAUGCUUUCCAAGUAUCUGGUGUUUUAAUAGACAAUAAAAUAAUGGAUAAAGUUUCAGAAGCUCAUUCCUCUGAUCCUAUGGUUAUUGACUCAGUCGGGGUCUGCAAUGGUGUCUGUGAUGGUACUGAAAAGAAUCAGUUGAUUGUCCAUGAGCAUCAGGGAAGCACUGUUGAGACUUCCAGUCUUGACCAGAAUGAUGGGGCGUUAGGCAGUAGGAUUGCAGAUACUGUGGAGAAUAAUGGUAACAAAGGUACGAUGAUUGGUAGAAAUUUAGCUGACGGUAAUGGUUGUGCUGAUGUUGAUGGAGAUGUUGAUGGAGUAUUUGGAAUGUCGAACCUUGGAUCUCAUAACCCUGAUGGUAAGGAAGUGGAUGCCAAUGAGGUAAACAUUUCAGAAAUGGACUUGAGACCUUGCUUCGUUUUUGCUACGAAUGAUUCCAGGGAGAAUGUUUGCAUUGACCAGUUCUUGGAUGUUGCUCAAGCUGAAGAGAAGAUUAGUGCUGAUAUUAGGGAGAAAGUAGUAGAUGAUGGUGGUAGGCCUCUAGAAGAAACUACUAGUAAUGCACAAACAAGUUCAGACAUUGGCAGAUUUGACCCAAGUGCAGAUAAGCACUCUUCUGUGAUGGACAUUGAGGUUUCUACUAAUCCUGUUGAAGAAGUUCAGGUUGUUAAGGAUUCCUCUGGUCUUGAUAGGAAAGAUGGCGUGGAAGUAGCAAUUGAUGCUUCAUCUGUUAGUAAUGGGACUUCCAAUGACACAGAGGAGGAGUCCAGUAAUGGUCAUGUUGUACAUAAUAUGACACUCACUGAAUGUUCGGCAUUGGGACAAUAGUAAGUAGUGUCUUGUGAUCCCUUAAAUUGAUUACUUCCUAGUGUGUCAGUGGAGACAGGUUCCACCUGCGAAUAUUCGAACAUCAUUGAUAUUUGAAAGAAACUGCACGGGAGAAGAUCUGGCUUACUGUUUGGAGCUAUACUGAAUGGAGAUAUGGAGAUGCAAGGGAAGGGGUCUGGACUACCAUCUUCCCGGUAAUAUUUGUAUCAGCUUGGCUGGGGGUAGUAAUGUUUGUGUGCCAUCUGGAUAUUUGGGGAAUUAUGAGCUACAUGUACCGGUAAAAUUAGAUCGAGUGACUUUGGAUAUCUCUUUGCAAGGAAAGUGCCUGUGUAGCUCCUGAGUGUUAGGUGUGGUCGGACUAAUUCCCACGGAAGCUUCUUCAGAUUUUCUGCCACAAAAAGUCACUACAGCAUCUCCCUGGGGGUUCUGAUCUGCUUGCCAAAUGGCUCGGUGCAUCCUCCACCACCCACCCCCCACCCCCUGGAAAACAACCAAAAAAAAAGAAAGAAAACAAAGAAAAAAAUGGGAAUGCUUUGAAGGUGGUUCGAUCUGGAGGAUGCCCAUGAGGAACUUCACUGAGGAUUAUCAGACCAACAAUCCUGUGCAUAUAUACCUAGCCUGCAUAUGUUCAUUUGAACAUCAGUAAGCAUUGUGGACCUACCUUGAGUCAUUUGUUUGGUCGUCUUUGUUCUAUAGCCUGCAUAAUUCCCAAUUUGGCUAAUUGAUGAUCAUGAUUCUUUAAGCUGAGUGCGGGUGCGUUGUUUGGCAAGCAAGGCUUGUACAUUUUAAGUAAGAACCCUGCUUUCUAGUUUCCAAAAUGUGAUUACUAAUUAGAGGACAUUGGGUACAUACACUUUGACUUGACAUGAUUUUCAUUUUUGUAUGAUUGAUUUAAGCUUUAGCAAUACUUAAUUACAUAUAUCUUAGUA